AAGUCAAAACUAUACACAUCCGGUUCGGCAUCAAAACAAUUGAUAUAUGUUGUUUUUUUAAUAAUAACAUUCAAUAAAAAGUCAAUCUGACACUUUAGAGUAGUCAUGAACUAAUAAUCAUGUUUAACUCUACAUCAACACCGCGAACGGAACUCAAAGAAGCUGUUGAUGCUGUUGUAAAUAGUUUUGCAAAGCAUACCCAAGCAUUCGGACGAGUGAAUGUUGUGGAAGCGCUACAAGAAUUUUGGCAGAUGAAACAUGAUCGGGGUGCCAACUUGAAAAACGGAGCAGUUGUUGUUUACGAGUGUAUCAAUACGCCCGCUCCACCAUACGUUUGCUAUGUUACAUUACCGGGAGGAUCGUCCUUCGGAAGUCUACAUGACUGUCCAACCAAAGCUGAGGCUAGAAGAAGCGCUGCAAAAAUUGCUUUAAUGAAUUCCGUUUUCAAUGAACAUCCAUCAAGGCUCAUCUCCGAUGAUUUUAUCGAUAGAGCCGUUCAACAAGCGCAAGGAUCCUUCAGAUGCACAACCGAAGAUAGUCAUAGGCCAGAUACAGCUAUAGGAGCAUUCCGUUUUAUGUUAGAACAAAAUAGAGGAAGGUCAAUGUUGGAGUUUCAGGAAUUGAUGACUGUUUUCCAGUUACUUCAUUGGAAUGGUUCGCUAAGGGCGAUGAAAGAACGCCACUGCUCAAGGCAAGAGGUCGUCGAUCAUUAUUCUCAUCGCGCUUUAGAUGACGACAUGCGAUCACAGAUGGCUUUGGACUGGAUAGCAAGGGAACACGAUGCUCCCGAAACAAUAUCAAAUCAUUUACAUAAAGCUUUGGAUGAAUUAAACUCUGCAAGGAAAGCUGGUAAAGAAUUAAGAUUUCCCAAAGAGAAACGAGAUAUUUUACAAUUGGCUCUCAGUCAACUGCCACAAAGCCAUUCUUUUAAUGGAAAUUAUGAAGAUAUCAGUACAGCGUAGUCUAUCUGAAUGGCUUCCCUUUCCCUCUAACUAUAUACACACAGCAACAGACGUUGCUCAAUACUCCUAGUAAAUAGCUACUAUGUGAUACUCAAUUUCAAUCUCCACUUUCUUUUUUCCUCUCCACUUGCAUUAGUGCACCUCUAACUUGUUGCAUCUAUUUUGUUACCUAUAUCAACGAAAAUUUACAAUAAAAGAAUAAACAAAACUAUUUAUUUCGUACAAAA